CCGCCAGCAGGUUUUCUGUCGUCAGUGAAUUCAAGUAGAGGCGAUUGCCCGUUCUUGUCGAGACAGUCCCACGAAAGUACUUUCGUUAAAGGAGCGCCCGCCUACAAGCUGAAACCUGGCAGCACUUGGAGUCGACCAAUAAGUCGUGUUUCAGCGCGGCCGUUUUCCUAGCGCAACCCUCCCCAUCCCGCUCCAAGGGGUAUAGCGCGCGUCCCUUCAGCUUUCUCAGCCCUGAAGCGCCCCAGACAUUCCAUCCACCUUUAUCAAGCGACACCCCGAGUUGUGCGCUGACUACUUUUCUCUAUCUCAACACUAUCCUUCUCCACCGCCUAUUCCUUUUUCUCGAAAACAUCGCCAUCUGCAGCGCCGGCCCGUGGACUGCAGCACGUCAUGGCGUACAACAAUAACCAAGGUUAUAACCUUGGAGACCCCAACACUGGCUACGACCGCCAGGAGCAUGACGACGAAGUUGGUCGCUCGCUCCUGCACGAGAACCCUACCGGCGCCCACUCAGACCCUUUCUACGGCAACCCUGAGGUCCGCCCACACUCGACCUACAGCUUGACCGAGUCGUAUGCCACCGACAGGCCAACACAAUACCCCGGCCAAGCUCACGAUGGCUCUGCCUACUCGGCGACAGGCGGUUACGACGCCCCGGGCGACUUCGGCGCUCCUCAGCGAGCUCCAUCACCAUACCAGAGGAGCGAGACCAGCUCAACCGAGGCAUGGAGGCAGCGACAGCAGCCCGGCGGAGGUGCCGCCGGUGGUCUCAAGCGUGGUAUGACACGUAAGGUCAAGCUUGUCCAGGGCUCCGUCCUGAGUGCCGACUACCCUGUGCCUUCGGCCAUCCAGAACGCCAUCCAGGCCAAGUACCGCAAUGACCUCGAGAGCGGCAGCGAGGAGUUCACACACAUGCGCUACACGGCCGCGACAUGCGACCCCAACGACUUCACCCUCAAGAAUGGCUACAAUCUGCGUCCUGCCAUGUACAACCGUCACACAGAGCUGCUCAUUGCCGUCACCUACUACAAUGAAGACAAGGUUCUUACCGCCCGUACUCUGCACGGUGUCAUGCAAAACAUCCGCGACAUUGUCAACCUGAAGAAAUCCGAGUUCUGGAACAAGGGUGGCCCAGCCUGGCAGAAGAUUGUUGUGUGCCUGGUCUUCGACGGUAUCGACCCUUGCGACAAGGGCACUCUCGACCUGCUCGCCACCAUCGGUAUUUACCAGGACGGUGUCAUGAAGAAGGAUAUCGACGGAAACGAGACUGUUGCCCACAUUUUUGAAUACACCACGCAAUUGUCCGUCACGCCCAACCAGCAGCUCAUUCGCCCGCACGAUGAUAGCGCCAGCACGCUUCCUCCUGUCCAGAUGAUGUUUUGCUUGAAGCAGAAGAACACCAAGAAGAUCAACUCGCACAGAUGGCUUUUCACUGCCAUUGGUCGUAUCCUGAACCCUGAAGUCUGCAUUCUGCUCGACGCGGGUACAAAGCCUGGACCCAAGUCGCUUCUCGCCCUCUGGGAAGGUUUCUACAACGACAAGGAUCUCGGUGGUGCUUGUGGUGAGAUUCACGCUAUGUUGGGUAAGGGCUGGAAGAACCUCCUCAACCCGCUCGUGGCCGCACAGAACUUCGAGUACAAGAUCAGUAACAUUCUCGACAAGCCGCUAGAAUCCUCCUUCGGAUACGUGUCUGUCUUGCCUGGUGCUUUCUCUGCCUACCGAUACCGCGCCAUCAUGGGCAGGCCGCUCGAGCAGUACUUCCACGGUGACCACACACUCGCCAAGAUUCUCGGAAAGAAGGGUAUCGAGGGCAUGAACAUUUUCAAAAAGAACAUGUUCUUGGCCGAGGAUCGUAUUCUGUGUUUCGAACUCGUCGCCAAGGCUGGCUCCAAGUGGCAUCUUACCUACAUCAAGGCCUCCAAGGGUGAAACCGAUGUUCCCGAAGGUGUUGCUGAAUUCAUCGGUCAGCGUCGUCGUUGGCUGAACGGUUCUUUCGCUGCCGGUAUCUACUCUCUUCUGCAUUUCGGUCGCAUGUACAAGAGUGGCCACAACCUGGUCCGCAUGUUCUUCCUGCACAUCCAAAUGCUCUACAACAUAUUCCAAACCAUUAUGGCUUGGUUCUCCCUGGCUUCCUUCUGGCUCACUACUGUCGUCAUCAUGUCACUUGUCGGUACCAAAACCGAUGAUCGGGAUGCCUGGCCAUUCGGAAACACUGCCACGCCCAUCUUCAACGUCAUCGUCACCUAUCUCUACCUGGCAUUCCUGGUCCUGCAAUUUAUUCUGGCCUUCGGUAACCGUCCAAAGGGUUCCAAGUGGACCUACCUGGUCUCUUUCUCCGUCUUCGCUCUCAUCCAGUUCUACAUCGUCAUCCUGUCCAUCUACCUCGUUGUCCAGGCAUUCACGAACCCGUCGUCGCAGAAACUCGAUACCUCGUCACCAGAAGCAUUUGCCAAUUCUUUCUUCUCGUCCAGCGGAGUCGGUAUUAUCAUCAUCGCGCUUGCGGCUACCUUUGGUCUCUACUACGUCGCCUCGUUCCUGUACAUGGAUCCAUGGCACAUGUUCACCUCGUUCCCGCAAUACCUGCUCAUCAUGUCGUCCUACGUCAACAUUCUCAACGUCUACGCCUUCUCCAACUGGCACGACGUUUCCUGGGGUACCAAGGGUUCCGACAAGGCAGAGGCGCUUCCUUCUGCCAAGACAGAAAAGGGUGCUGACGGUAAAUCCAACGUCAUUGAGGAACCGGAUCUACCACAAGCCGACAUCGACAGCCAGUUUGAAGCUACCGUCAAGCGCGCUCUUGCUCCUUACGUACCGCCUGUCGAGAGUGACGAGAAGACGCUGGAGGAUUCCUACAAGUCUUUCCGUACCCAUUUGUGUACGGCCUGGAUCGGUUCGAAUGCCACUCUUGCGGUUGUCAUCACCCAGGAUAACUUUGACCGCUUUGGUUUCUCUUCUAGCGCCUCGGGCAGAACCGCGCAUUUCUUCCAGGCCCUUCUAUGGGCUACCGCUGCUCUUGCUAUUGUCCGUUUCAUCGGAUGUAUUUGGUUCCUUGGCCGUACUGGUCUCUUCUUCUGCGUUAGGAAGAGGUAGAUGGUCCCCAAGCCACCACCUGGUCAAACCACCAAGCCUUGACGGCAACGGCCAGACCUUUGCAUUUCCCCCAUGCCUUCGAUUCCCACUUAAUCAUGUUGGCGUUUCUUGGUGUUCCAGCGCGAGCUAGGAGCUACGUGGUCUGUUUAACACAACAAAAAUACCUCAAGAUCAUGACCUGCCCUUGUACCAUCUUGUACUGAAAUGUUUGGGGGGGUUGUCACAUUUUGCGAAACUACUAUGGGAAAUGGAGGAGAUAUACCGUAUAUCACAUUUGCACGAUUAGCUUUUGCUCUUGCGGGGUGUUUUUAUUCUAGAUUGAAUACCA